CUGGAAGAGAAAAAGCCGCUAUCCUGUAGCAAAAACGGUACCCUGUACGAUAUCGGUGAUACCGUACACAGCACCGACUGUACCGAGACGUGUGUAUGCGUAGAAAACGCGUUCGUGCCUGCAGAUACACCCCCGAUACAUUCUGAUACCCUCUUCAUAUCACCGCAGUCGGCUGACAUGGUAUGCCAAGAAACCAGAUGCCCAUUUGGUUUACACAUCAGAAACCAAUACAAACCAGAACCUUACUGCGUCGAGCUCGAAAACCAGAGCGGUGGUGACCAGUGUUGUGUGGUGGUAGUAUGUGAUGACCAGUUUGGUAGCGGGGACGGUAUCAGUGAUGAUGGAGAUGCGGAUGGCGGUGUAGGGCGAAGAGGGGGUGGUAGCACUUCGUUGGAUGGAACAAAUAACAGGAAUGAAAGUACAAUCAGUGGCGCAGACACUGAUGACAAUAGUGUGGUCAAUGAUGGAACUAGUGGGUUAAACCAUACCGUGUCCUUAAGGGACAAGGAUUUAGCUGCCACCAAUGAUAUUUUGGUUGAAAAUGUUGGUACUACCCACGAUGAUGUGAGAGUACUGAAUGAUGUAAUUACGGUUGAUGACACUGAACAACUUCCUGAUAAUCAUCGCCUCGUGGCAGAUCUAGAAAAGGACCUCAAGACCAACAAUUCUUCCUCUCCUACAAUUAAUGAGUUGAUCGCUUUAAACUCGACUGUGGAAAGUCCUGUUGAUGGUCGAGGUUCACGAAACACUUCGGAAAACGUGUUUAAGUUCUUGAAUUUUAUGCAAGAAAGUUUUGUUGAGCCGAAAGUUCCGUUCAAGUUCGAAGAAAGUGAUAGUCUGUCAUUCAAAAGCCGCAAUUUGAAAAAGAAACUUGGUGACAAUAUCGUCCCUCAUGAUUUGGAUAACGAAUCUGAUCCCAAGGACGAUGUUCCUAUUGUCUUGGUAGAAAAGAAGACGGAGGAGGACUCUGCAAACAAGAUAAAGGAUGAAAAGAACGAGAUGGCCGACGAUUUUGCAAACAAGAUGGAGGACGAAAUUAUCAAGAUGGCGAACGACUCUGCAUCCAAUAUGGACGAAGACUCCUCAAGAAACAUAACGAACGAAACGAAAAAGAUUGCGAACGACUUUUUAACCGAAACGGCAGAAGAUUCCACACAGAAGAUGGCUGACGAUCCAAACAAUGUGGCUGACGUCACUAAUAGCUUUGUUGACAUUGAAACAACGACGCCAACGCUUGACUUUGUCACAAGUGUAUCCAUAUCAACGUCAUCCCGGCUGGCGGGGGUGGACCUGCUCCCCCAGACUGGAAAUAUAACCCCAACGGGGAGUAACACGACAGGGGUUCUGAUCAGGAACAACGGUAGUGCGUCAACGUCAUCUGUUGGUGAGAACAAAACUGCUGCUUCUGUUGAAGGUGAAUUCUGGUCUGUAGAAAACGGAACGAGGUAUAUUUUCAACAAUGAAGCUGUUGUAUUGGGUUUGACUGUUGAAAGUGAAACAGAACCUAUUGAAAAUGUGUCUGAAACUAGAUCAGUUGAAACGGUUACCUCAGUCCUACCUCCUGAAACGACUACCAAAAAAAAUUCAGUUGAAACGACCACUGAAAAAGAACUUGUUGAAACGGCUACUGAAAUCGAACCUGUCGAAACGGCUACUGAAAUCGAGUCAGUUUCAACGACUUCUGAAACAGAACUUUUUGAAACGGCUUCGGAAAAAGAGUCUAGUCGAUCAAUGAUGGUUGAAACGGAAACUGCACCCCCUGAAACAGCACCUGUGGUCUUUGAAACGGCAGCGGGAAGCAGGAUGACAGUUUCUGAAACAGGAGGUUCAGAGAGAGAACCGAGGCGAGGCCACAACGACGCUGAACUGCCGCUACGCGACCUGAAGCAGCUGGAGGUGGAGCGGGUGACCCACAACGCGUCGGUGGUGCGCCUGCCGAGCUUCGCUGCGGGGGACCUCUUCUACAAGGGCACGACUCCAGGGGCGGGGCGUGGGCGGGUGGGGGUAGAGGUGGGCGAGGGGCGGGCGACGCUGUCGUCCCUGACGCCGUCCACCAACUACUCCCUCAGCUGGCUGGGGGCGGACGCUUCUGUCGCCCACGCCGCCCUCAUCACCCUACCGGGAUGCACCCACGCGGGGGGCAGCGUGGGGCUGGGGGAGGGGUACGUGGUGCACUGCACCCAACACUGCACCUGCACUGCACCUGGUACUGCGACCUGUGCACCUUGUGCUGAACAGGACGCCCCUCUCCCCCCCGGGUGCUCGCUCGUACCCCGUGACCCCUGCUGCUCCACCCUCCUCUGCCCAGGUAAAAUGGACGGGGACGCCGCCCACCGCGUGGACGUGACGUCAAAUUCAUCAGACGUCAACGUCGCCCACAAGUUGGACAGGACGUCUGGGACGGACGACGUCGACUUGUCGUCCAGGACGUCCCUUGUGGACGGUCCUGCGGACGUCGACGGUCCUUUAGGGACGGAGGACGGCCCCUCAGGGACGGGCGACGUCCCGAAGCUGAUCGUGAUGCGGACGUCGUACGACAGCGUCACUCUCGCCUGGGACGAUUUCAGGUCGGGCGACGCCGCCGACGUGUACAUGGCGGAAUACCGCCACAUUCCCGCCACAACAAACACCACCAAAACGGCGGAUGCGGCGGGUAAGAAAGCGGAUUCUUUGACCGAAAUUCCGGCGGCGGCGGAGGACAAAAUGGCGGGUCCGGCUGGGUGGCAGCGGCGGGCCGUGGACAUGGACAAGAGUCCUCCUACGGUGACCAUCACCAGCCUCCUGCCGGGGGCCACCUACCAGGUGCGCGUGGUGGCCGUGGACGGCGGCGCGACGGCGGGGCAGCGCACCGAGACUCUCACCGUCACCACGCAACCGGGGUGCGUGUACGCCAACGCCACGUACGCCAUCGGCUCGUUCGCGCGGGGGUGCGAGGAGGCCUGCGCCUGCUACGAGGACGGCUUCGUCAAGUGCACCGAGCGCUGCACGGUCCCCUACUUCCGACGGGGCAGCGUGGGGGCGACGCCCCUGUGUGAAGAGCAGCGCACAGUUGCCGACGACUGCUGCGUGCUGGUGGUCUGUGCCACGCGCUCCGGCGCACACGAGUUCGACCAGUGCGCGAAUAUUGUGUGCGGGCCAAACGCCGAGUGCGUGAGCGAGCACCCACAACGCAACUCCAGUGACGUCACCUCUCCUGCCAUUGGCCGGGGCUCAGCCAAUGACACGUCGUUCCUUGGCAACUCGACUUCCGAUUGGUCUAACACCGCAGCCAAUGGCACAAGCAGCUCGCUAUCGACGACCAAUCCGGUGGCCGCUCUCACUCCGCUUAGCCUCGACGUGUCGCCAUUGGGCCAGUGCGUGUGCCUGCCUGGUUACCAUGGCAACCCCACUAACCUGGAGACCGGCUGCCAUGCCAGGCUGGACUCCGUGCGUUGUCACCACCACAACCUCACCUACUCCCCCGGGGAGGUCUUCUACGAAGGCUGCGUCUCCCGCUGCCUCUGCACCCCCACUGGGGAGAUCGACUGCAGGCCCCGCUGCUCCGCCCCCCCGCCCCCUGGGGAGGCGUGUGACCUGCGCAGCGACCCCAACGACCCCUGCUGUACCAUCUGUACCAACGCGACGUCCACGGGUACGUCAAGAUGUGUAUAA